GCAACCUCCUCUACCCCGUGCCCCUGGUGCACCGCGUGGCCAUCGUCAGCGAGAAGGGCGAGGUGAAGGGCUUCCUGCGUGUGGCCGUCCAGGCCAUCUCAGCGGAUGAGGAAGCCCCUGACUACGGCUCUGGCGUGCGGCAGUCGGGGACAGCCAAGAUAUCCUUUGAUGACCAGCACUUUGAGAAGUUCCAGUCGGAGUCGUGCCCGGCCGUGGGGAUGUCUCGCUCGGGGACGUCCCAGGAGGAGCUGCGCAUCGUGGAAGGCCAGGGGCAGGUCAGCGACGUGGGGCCCUCGGCCGAUGAAGUCAACAACAACACCUGCGCAGUGACCCCAGAGGACCUUCUCCUGGACAGCCCAGAGAAGCCCACACCGGAUGGGCCACUGGAGACGGCUCUGGACCACCUAAAGCUGGGCAGCAUCUUCACCUUCCGCGUGACCGUCCUGCAAGCCUCCAGCAUCUCUGCUGAAUACGCAGACAUCUUCUGCCAGUUCAACUUCAUCCAUCGCCACGACGAGGCCUUUUCUACAGAGCCCUUGAAGAACACAGGACGGGGGCCACCACUGGGCUUCUAUCAUGUCCAAAAUAUCGCUGUAGAAGUGACUAAGUCCUUCAUUGAGUACAUCAAGAGCCAGCCGAUUGUAUUUGAAGUCUUUGGGCACUACCAGCAGCACCCCUUCCCGCCCCUCUGCAAGGAUGUCCUGAGCCCGCUGAGGCCAUCCCGGCGCCACUUCCCCCGUGUGAUGCCGCUCUCCAAACCAGUGCCUGCGACCAAGCUGAGCACCAUGACUCGGCCCAGUGCCGGCCCAUGCCAGUGCAAGUACGACCUGAUGGUCUUCUUCGAGAUCUGUGAGCUGGAGGCCAACGGCGACUACAUCCCUGCUGUCGUGGACCACCGUGGGGGCAUGCCGUGCCAUGGGACCUUCCUCCUCCACCAGGGCAUCCAGAGGAGAAUCACCGUCACCUUGGUGCACGAAACGGGCAGCCUCAUCCGCUGGAAGGAAGUGCGGGAGCUCGUUGUGGGUCGCAUCCGGAACACCCCAGAAGCAGAUGAGUCUCUCAUCGAUCCCAACAUCCUGUCCCUGAACAUCCUCUCUGCUGGAUACAUCCACCCCUCCCAGGAUGACCGGACUUUCUACCAGUUUGAGGCAGCGUGGGAUAGCUCCAUGCACAACUCACUGCUGCUCAACCGCGUCACCCCGUACCGAGAGAAAAUCUACAUCACCCUUUCUGCCUACAUCGAGAUGGAGAACUGCACGCAGCCCGCCGUCAUCACCAAGGACUUCUGCAUGGUCUUCUACUCUCGGGACGCCAAGCUGCCUGCCUCCCGCUCCAUCCGCAACCUCUUUGGCAGCGGCAGCCUGCGGGCUUCGGAGAGCAACCGCGUGACGGGAGUCUACGAGCUCAGCCUCUGCCGUGUGGCCGAUGCCGGCAGCCCAGGCAUGCAGAGGCGGCGCCGGCGCGUACUGGACACCUCUGUCGCCUACGUGCGGGGAGAGGAGAACCUGGCGGGCUGGCGGCCCCGCAGCGACAGCCUUAUCCUUGACCAUCAGUGGGAGCUGGAGAAACUCAGCCUCCUGCAAGAAGUGGAGAAGACAAGGCACUACCUGCUCCUGCGCGAGAAGCUGGAGACCACCCAGCGCCUGGGCCUGGAGACCCUGUCCCCCUGCUCCAGUGAGGACUCUGAGUCCCGAAGCACCUCCUGCGUCUCCUCCCCACUCUCUGUUGACGGGGCCCCUGAGGGCCGCACCUCUCCCCCUGAGACCCCCAGCGAGAGACAGAAGGAGCUGGCUGUGAAGCUUCAGGCAGCAACUCGAGUCCACACCUCCGCUCCUCCACAGCUGUCCGAAAUGUCUGUGACCCUGAUGAGAGACCCAUCCAUGCCAGCUCUUGGGGUCACCACUCUCACCCCCUCCUCCACUUGCCCGUCGCUGGUGGAAGGACGUUACAAUGCCAUGGAGGUCAGACCGCCCCAGGUCUCCUCCAGGGCAGAGAGCCCUGACCUGGAGCCUACAGCAGAAGGAGAGCAGAAGAAGUCCCCAGCCCGCCGGCCUGAGGAGGAGAAGGAGCCCCAGCGUCUGCUGGUGCCCGACAUCCAGGAGAUCCGGGUCAGCCCCAUCGUCUCCAAAAAGGGUUACUUGCACUUCCUGGAGCCUCACACCAACGGGUGGGUGAAGCGCUUCGUAGUGGUCCGGCGCCCAUAUGUCUACAUCUACAACUCAGACAAGGAUGCAGUUGAGAGGGCCAUCCUCAACCUCUCCAAGGCCCAGGUGGAAUACAGCGAGGACCAGCAGGCCAUGCUCAAGACCCCAAACACAUUUGCGGUGUGCACGGAGCACCGGGGCAUCCUGCUACAGGCGAGCAGCGACAAGGACAUGCACGACUGGCUCUACGCCUUCAACCCUCUCCUGGCUGGGUCCAUAAGAUCCAAACUGUCCAGAAGGAGAACAGCCCAGAUGAGAAUCUAACCUGAAAAACACCCUCCACCUCAUCCGUCUGCCAACAGGAUCAAGAUACCUGAUUCUGUCUCAAGACUCCCCAUGUUAACGUCUGAUCUCUCACACCAUCUGCUGCCCCAGCUCUCUGCUCCAUGGAAGGAUCCGUCUCGAUUCACACCUCCACGGGGGAAACUCACUUCCGUUCGUAGCUGCAAAAGCCUGAACCCGCCUGGGCAGGAUUUCUCGUGCGCGUGCCAUCUUCCGCCCGUCCCCCCAUGGGUGACCUUCAUGUCACAACCAUCUGUAACGCUCCGGAAAGGUCCCUGGCAGAGGAGAGGGAGCGAGGAGGGCGGUUUCGGCUAAAAGCUGGUCUUUGAUCUACAGAGGUGGGAGUGCAGUAAAGCUCGGAGGUGGGAGAGCAGGAGGAAUUGCCUCUGCGCGAAGGGAAAGUGUAGUUUAGGCAUGGGGAUUUCCUGGUUUAUUGAUGUUUCUGCAA